AUGUCAUCGGCGAAUUCGAAAAUGAAACGCCAUGCAUGUGAUGAAGGCAUUUCCGAAUGCCAUGCAUCAAAACGUGCAAGGCCAUUCGAGAGCGACCCGAAAUUUCACUCCACGCCCUCGCGGUCUCUACCACCACCUGAGAGACCCGGCAGUCUCCAGGAUCGAACGGACUCAUUGGAUGGCGAGGAUGAUGUCGAAGAGAUCAUACGUUCUGAUGAGGCUGGCUACACAUAUACACGACUCGGGAGACGGGAGUUUAGACUUCUCCGCCUGCACCCAGCUGAGCCAGGCGGUGCUCUUCACUGUUCCCUUGUCACCGACAGUAUCGACACACCUAGCUCUUAUGAAGCUCUUUCAUAUUGCUGGGGAGUAUCAGAGCCAGCGCAAAGGAUCCUGAUAUCCGAUGAAAUCGAUUCCGGAUUCACGUCGCCAACUCACUUCCAAGUUGGCCCCAAUCUCUACAGCGCGCUCCACGCGGUACGCAUGCCCAACAGGCCACGGGUUGUCUGGGUUGAUGCGUUAUGUAUCAAUCAAUUUGAUAAGGAGGAGAAGAAUAAUCAGGUCUCUAUGAUGCAUGAGAUCUAUUCAAAAGCUUGUCAAGUCAUAAUAUGGUUGGGCUCGCCUGACCCCAGCAGCGAGUUUUUAUUCGCUAACUUACAUCGAGUAUUCCGCCCAGGCUUCUUUUCAGAUGGCGGGAACAACGGAAACGCUGUGUCCGAUCCUGGUUUUGUCAGUCGUAUGAAGCAGGCGUUGACGGAUCUAUUCUCCCGCCCCUACUGGGAGAGAGCUUGGAUAGCUCAAGAGGUCAUUCUGGCGGCAGAGGCCACGGCUGUUGUCGGCCAACGUCAAGUAGACCUGGCUGACUUGAGAGUUGCCGAGGAGCUGUUUUCGACUGCGGAUGGGAUCCACGAUGGCACGCGGGCAACUGCUCCGGAUGGGGUGGCUGCACUCCUCAACGGCCGCAACGAGCUCUUGCGAACAUCGUCCACCGGAGACAUCAUCGCGCGCACAAAGUCGGCUGCAGAGCUACUCUUGCAGUUUCGUGGCUCCGAAGCUACUGAUCCUCGCGACCGGAUAUAUUCAUUACUCAGCCUCUCUAAUGACGGCGGCACGAUACCCGUCGAUUACAAUAAAAGCGCCAUGCAAGUAUUUGCCGAUUUCGUCUCGACAUGUAUCGAACGCCAGGGCUUGCUGGAUCUCGUCUUGAUCCCGUGGGCCCCAGUCAAGCGGUCCAAAAGGUCUCGGAACAGGCGUUCAACAGCAGCUUGCGAGGCGUCUACCACACCUUCGUGGUUGGCUCCCCUAGACGACCUGCCUCAUGGGUCUCCUGAAGGCCAGGACCAGCCAGGACGGUUGUGGAAAGGCCGUCUCAACGGCGACGGGCUAGUCAACAUGCCUGCCAUUUAUGAUGCCUCGCACGGUAUGAAAUUAGAGGUAAGUUUUGGCCCGAUGAUAAGAACCCGGCGGCGCGGUGGCGGACUCGACGUUGGAGAGCAUUCGGAGACGAAGAAAGGAACAUUAUACAACCCUGUGCUUCACGUGGGGGGUAUCAAGCUCGGCACGAUCACGGAUCUGUCGACACGCAUGGCUGACGGCCUGAUCUCGAGAGACGCCCUCGAGCUGGCCGGGAUCCCAUUCACGAAGGGCUGUGAGGCACUGCGAUCCUUGCCAGACGCAAUGGUCCGGAGGGUCUGGCGCACGCUCGUUUGUGACCGGGAUGCGGAUGGCAAGCCGGCGCCGACGAGAUUCGGCCUGGCUAUUAAACACCUGUUCAAACGUAUGCUGGAGUCACGGGGUCUUGACACGCUCGAGAUUCUAGAGGACGGGAACGACGUGGACCCAAAUACCAGGGAGUUCCUCAAAAGGGUGCACGACAUGACGUUUAAUCGUCGGAUAUUCGUAUCCAAUAUCAAUGAGUUCCAGGAGAACCUGCUGGGGCAGGCACCCAAGGAGGCGCGAAUAGGAGACACAAUCGCGCUGUUCUUUGGAAACAGUGUGCCUGUCAUCUUGAGACCGAGCUGUGACGGUGGAGGCAGAUACAUGGAGAUUGUAGGGGCAGCAUAUGUCGACGGCAAAAUGCAAGGCGAGAUUCUACACGAGCUGGGCGAGGAUCGCAUCGAUGAGAUAGCGCAGACAUUUGAGAUCAUAUGA